AUGUCACCACUAACAAAGAAGAACGCAUCUCUAGUUAAUCUUCGAGAGGAUGCUGAAGAGUUUCAACCUCCAAUACCUAAAGGAUGUCUGCUGAGGAGGGUGUCGCUAGAGUCCCUGGCUGUCCCUGCUUCUUGGCUGCAAAAGCUUCAAGAAUCGGAAGAUGUCCAAUCUCACCAAGAUGAGCUGAAUUUCUGGACGCGUUAUCCUCAACAUCUUCUACAGUGGGGGAGUGACCAAUACAAGAAGCAGCAACAUUACUUGAGGGCUAUGAGAAAACAAACAGAUCCACAUACUUUUCGAUUAAAAAGCAAAAAGAAAUCGAAUGAUUCACUUUAUCUUCAAAAGACCAAGGAAAACAAUUCGAUCAGAUGGAAAAAGUACGCGUGUCAAAAUCAUGAGUUUAAUGGUGCUUGUGGUGAUUCAAAGAUGACUCUCGGUCUGACUAGUUUUAUGAAGAAUGAAGAUGAAGGAUGGCUGCUACCAGUUACAAGAUUCACCUCAUCAACACUAGCCAACCAGCUGAUCAUGGCGCACAAACAGCUGUUUCUAAAGAUUUCCGCUCUGGAUCUAGCAAGAGCUCAGAAAGACAAAGGAAGUUGUAGAACUCCAAGUUUACGUACUCUUAUUUUUUUCUCUCAAAAGAUUUCUUGUGUGGUUGCAAACUGCAUUCUUCAAGAACAAGAUGUCCAGAGGAGAGCUCGUGUGAUUGGCAAGUUCAUGAGCAUAGCUUACAACUGUCACAGCCGACAGAGUCAGAUGUCUGCAGAAGCUGUUCUGAUUGGUCUGCACUGUCCUGCGAUCUACAGGCUGCAAAAGACAUGGGGAUAUGUCAGGAAACACCACGCGUCCAACUACAGGAGGUUCGAAGAUUUGAGCAGAAGAUACUACGACUGCCGUGAACCAUUGUACCAGAAGACAUACGACGACAUGGUCCAGGUGCCUCCUUUUCUUCCCAGCAUUUCUCUCUUGAUCGCUGUGCUCACAGGGAGACUGUCUGAGCCACCUCAAGUACAGUCCUUCAAGUUCUCCUCAACCUGUUCAGAGCUCUGCCAUCGAACGGACACACUCCACUUAUCCUCCAGUGCUACCAGUAGAACAGACUCUAGCCUCACAUCAGUUAAAAGGUUCUUGUCUGCAAUCCAGCUUCGGCUUAACCCACCUCUCCCGUCUACUUCUGCAGAAGAUGUAACAUGCCACUCCAGUUCCCACGCCCACUCGGCACCAAGAGAGGAUUUGCUGGAAAACCUUGAUCUGUUCUUCGCUCCAGUCAGUGAAGCUCCUUCCGGCAAAGUGCUCCAGGAUUUGGAGUACUUCCUGGAGUGUCAUCAGGCCUCCGCCACAAGAUACCAGAUGCCAAUCAACAAAGCAGCCCGUGCCUUCUUGUUGCUUUCUCGUCAUCCUGAUAUGCAAACUCUGUACAAGCAGUCUAUACUCAUUGAGUCUUAAGUCAGAAUUGAUUAGAAGAAUGAUGAAUUGAUGUGAACAAGGAGUAGAAACUAAAUAUCACAGAGACCAACUUCGACCAAGCAUUGUUGUCUUACUUCAUCCUACGACUUUGGAUAAGUGACUAAAGCAUCAACCAGUCAAAGUAUUUAAAU